AUGUCGGCUAAAGGGCUGUAUGAUCCUGAUCAGAGUGCUGUAGAUACCCGGUGGAUCCAGCCCUGGAGUGAGGCGUUCAGGGCUCAACGCGAUGUUGGACUCCGUGUUCCUAUCAAUUUCCAGACUGUGCCCGGUGUCUCGCUGACAGCAACGUGCUUCCCUCAGAAUCAGUUUGAGCAUGUUGCUUUCAAAAGGUGCUUUUCCAAUUUGCUUGCCGUGGGGUUUCGCAGGUUCACCGUGGAUACGUACUGGGAUCCUCUACGUCAAGUAUGGAGCUUGUGUCCUGUGGAGCUUCCUCGAGCAAACGGGGGUAACUCGAAUAGUGCAGAGGCGCCGGUGAGGACAAGCCAGACGGUAGUGCAGUCCAGUGAUACUGUGAGGGCUUCAAUACCAAUCUCAACAGUGCCUCUCCCUCCCGGGGCACAGAGACGCCAAGAGACGGCGACAUCCGUUGUAGGUUCAUCAUCAGCAACAGCAUCUCCAUCUGUUGUAUCUGCUUCUGCUUCUUCAGUAUCUUCGGCACCAACCAGUGCAGCAGCUCCCACUAUCAUCGACUAUCCGAGUCCAGAUGGGCCCCCAAUCUUGCAAAUCGGCAACUACAAUUGCACUUCUCUUACGACAUUAGAUCUGCUCACGGGGAUAUUGGAAGAUUUCCUAGACGCAACCUCCACUACUACUGGCGCUGCUCUAGUCCUGUUUUCAUUCAAUGUACAUGCCGCAUCCUCAAUUACCAACCCCAAUGCCGAUGCUCCUCUCCUUUCUCAAGGCCAACUUCCCGGACAAGGACAGCUCCUUAGCGAUGUACUGCGAGGAAAUAUCUCAGAUGAGAUGUAUAAGCCCACCAACCUGGCUGAUCAGCGAGCAAAUCUGAACAACUCUUGGUAUGAUGUUGAGUGGAACAACCAGCCAGUACAUGGAUACUACGAAGGGUUGAUCAACGCCGAGGGCCAGUCAUAUACGCGCAAUGGAUGGCCAACAGAAGCUUUCAUGGAGUUCAAAAAGCUAUUCCGCCUGGUUGCCAGCUACGGUACCAUUGACUCUCAAAUGCGUGAGUACAAUACCAGUGCCGACUCUGGCUACAUCUUCCCUGCAGGCACACUUUCCAACCAAAUCUCUACCUCCGUCGACUCAGAUGGCAGCGUAACAUCCGGCUGUCUCUUCGACCCUUCCUCCACCAGCAUCACAACCCCAAACGCCUCCUGGGCCCUCGCCACCGCCCCGCAACUCGACCUGCCCGCAACCCCCGACCUUUCCCUCCUCAUCCCCUCUAUCACCAACCUCACCCGCUGCGGCACCUCUCCCUUCCUCAAUCAAACCCUCGCUCGUACCCCCGCAAACCUCAACCCCCUCCCCUACGCCGCCUUCGUCCACUCAACCCUCUGGUCCUUUGCCCCAGGCGAACCUUUAAACGCCACCCAAAACGACGACGCCAACGCCCUAAACCGGUGCGUCGUAAUGUCAAAAUCCACAAACCCCAGCCGCUGGCGCACAACCGACUGCCGCGACCCCCACCGCGUCGCCUGCCACGACCCUUCUUCCCCUUACACCUGGCGCCUCUCCACCACUUCCUCCCCUUACGACUCCGCAGAAUCCCACUGCCCCCCUCCCACCCGCUUCAGCGUCCCCCACACCGCGCUCGAAAAUGCCCAUCUCUUCUCCGUCCUCGCCGCCAGCUCCGACGCCGACGCCGACGUUGUCUACGUAAAUCUAAAUAGUAUCGACACGCCCGACUGCUGGGUCGAGGGCCGCAACUCCACGUGUCCGUACCUGGCGAGUACGGAGACGGAUCGCACGCGGAUUGUGGUUGUGCCGACUGUGGCGGCCGUGAUUAUCUUCGUGUGUGCGGCGCUGACGUUUUUUGUAAAGUGUGCAGCGAAUCGGAGGGAGAAUGUUAGGGGGAGGAAACGGAGGGAGGUUGGGGGGUGGGAGUAUGAAGGGGUGCCUAGUUAG